UGCGUCAGCAGCCUGUGGAGCAGGCCGAGCCACACCGGCCGGGGGGCGGGGACCUGGCCGCACUUGACCUCCCAGGGUUCCGGGAGCCCCAAGUUAGAGAAGCAAGCUCGCGGGCGUCUGGGGGCAGGCAGGUCUCAGGCCCGGCCGGGAGAGCCUGAAGGGUGAAAAGGUCUAAUCUCAGAGCUGAAGCUCGCUGUGCCCUGGGGCCACAUUGCUGCCAAAGCCUGGGGCUCCCAUCAGAGCCCCCCAGUUCUCUGCCUCCACGGGUGGCUGGACAAUGCCAACUCCUUUGACAGAAUCAUCCCUCUUCUCCCAAAAGACUUUUAUUACGUUGCCAUGGAUUUCGGGGGUCAUGGGCUGUCAUCCCAUUAUAGCCCAGGUUUCCCGUAUGACCACCAAAACUUCGUGAGUGAGGUCCGCAGGGUCGCGGCAGCCCUGAAAUGGAACCGAUUUUCCCUCCUGGGCCACAGUUUUGGUGGCACUGUGGGUGGAAUGUUUUCCUGUAUCUUCCCCGAGAUGGUGGAUAAACUUGUCUUGCUGGAAUCCUCGCCAUUUAUCCUGGAAAGUAACGAACUGGAGAACAUGCUGACCUACAAGCGGAGCGCCAUAGAGCACAUGCUGCAGGUGGAGGCCUCCGAGAAGCCCUCGCACGUGGUCAGCCCGGAGGAGAUGCUGCAGGGGUUCCUGAAGAACAACAGUCAUGUGGGAGACGAGUGUGCGAAACUCCUCCUGCAGAGAGGAACCACACAGGUGGCCACAGGUCUGUUGCUGAACAGAGAUCGGAGGAUCACUAGGCCAGAGUAUUACUUCAAUUUCAUCAGCAGGGAGCUGUUUGUGCAUUCCAUCAGGAAGCUGCAGGCCCGCGUCCUGCUCAUCAAAGCAACCCAAGGGUAUUAUGAUGUGAGGAGAGAGAAUGAUGCCAACAUGGAGCUCAUGCUAUUCGUGACCAACUCACUGAGAUCCAUCCUGAAAGAGAGGUUCCAGUACGUGCAAGUCCCCGGCAACCACUAUGUCCACAUGAACCAACCCCAGCACAUGGCUGGUGUCAUCAGCUCCUUUUUACUGAGCAAGGAGAGGAUCCGAGCCCAGCUGUAGCCCUGAGCCCGGGGCUACAGACGCCUGCUCAGCCCCGGACUCCCAGCUCCCAAGCCCAGGCCAGGCGUGGUGGGGCCAGGACCAGCAUGGCCGGAAAGAGAAUCCUGUGGCAGAGCUGGGGG